GGCAGCCUGUGGGAGGGGAGAGUAACUCUUCAAUGGGAGUGGGGGGAACACUCGACACUCUGUCCUCACUCUUGGCAUACUGAAGGAAUCAGUCAUGGCUGCAGAAGCAAAGCAGACUUGUUACGAGGGCAGUUCUGUCCAAAGCUUUAAGUUCUACCUGGAACACUCGGGAGAACACGAGGCCAUUCUCCAGUUUGUUCACAACUCCCUGCCAGGAGAAUUGAAAAGAAUUGGAGCAGGUAAAAGCAGCUUGGAUGUUCUUGGCGUUGGAAGUGGUGGAGGGGAGGUGGAUGUCCAGAUACUUACUUUACUGCAGUCCACAGUCCCAAAUGUCCCGAUCACUGCUGACAUUGUGGAGGGCAGCUCUCAGCUCACAGACAACUUCAGAGCUUUGGUAGCAAAGACAACCAACCUCCAGAAGAUCCCCUUUGCUUGGCAUAUCAUGCACAGUGAGAAUUAUGAGAGGCAAGUCAAAGCAAAAGGAGACAUGAAGAGAUUUGACUUCAUACACAUGAUUCAGAUGAUCUACUACGUGGAUAACCUCGCAGACACCAUCAGGUUCUACCACAGCCUUCUGAAGAACAAUGGCAGACUUAUGAUCAUUGUUGAAGCAGCCAACGGCGGCUGGGACACCCUGUGGAAGACUUACAAGAAGGAGCUCUGUGUCCAGGACAUUACAGAGUACCGCUCAUCAGGAGAGGUUAUCGCGAGCCUGAAGAGCCAGGGUCUGAAAUAUGAGGAGCACACCAUUACCAACACCUAUGACAUCUCCGAGUGCUUCAAACCAGGCAGCCCGACUGGAGAUUGUAUGCUGAAUUUCAUGACAGCAACAGAUAACUUCUACCAGUCCUUCACCCCGGAGAUCAGAGCAGGCAUGUUAGACCUUCUCAGAAACAAGUGCAGCACUGAAAAGGAUGGCAAGGUAUUCUUCAACAGCAAUUUGAGCUGCAUACUUGUUCAUGCUUGAGUAUGUCCUGUGGAAUAAACUUCCAUACAUUCUGAAGUAUUUACCCCAUAUACUCUGUAUGUGUACAAAAUGAUCAAUAAAAACAAUUCUGUUGCUA